CGAGGAGGCGGCAGCCGCUGGGAGGCAGAGCAGCUCCCCACAGGGAGUGGGGAGGAUUUCAGGCCCACAGGCGUACUCAAAGACGGGUGAGAAGAUGAACCGGCAGUUUGUUGAGGAUCGGGCUGUGGCGAUUGACCCACUCCCUUUUAUCUGGAAUGUCAAAGGACCCGGGCCUCACUACUGUCUUGAUAUGAAGAUGUCUCGGCUCAAACGACUGGCCUUCGCCUUUGAAUUUGGAUCAGUGAACCCCAGACAAGCAUUCCCAGUGACUGAGUUUCCUGAAAGGAUCGUUAAACUUGACAUUUCUUUAAACGAGCUGGAAGAACUACAGCCUGAAGCGCUUUUUCCUUUUGAGAAUCUCUCUGAAUUGGAUGCAUCCCUCAAUGCUUUAGGCGUCAUCAGAGGGAUUGAAGUUCUUCCCAACCUCACUGUAUUAAACCUCAGUUAUAAUGCACUCAGAGACCUGAGAAGUUUAGAAAACUGCAUCCACCUGUCUGUGCUGAAUAUGUCUCACAAUCAAGUGAGAGUCCUGGGGGACAUGCCACUCCUGAGCAACCUGACGCGGCUUCACUUGGGUUCCAACAAGCUGAGGUCUCUGGAAGGCAUUCAGAAUUUGCCCCAGCUCUGUGAACUCUAUGUCCAGAAGAACCGGAUUUCCAGCUUGCUGCCUCUCUCUUCCUCGCUGGCUCUCAAUGUAUUGGAUGCUGCCAGCAAUGACAUCGGCUCCCUGCUGCAGGCCCUGCAUGUGCUUGGAGGACUCCGCAGGCUGAGACAUCUCAAACUCCAGGGCAACCCGCUGGCCCGGGAUAGCCGCUACGUCACUGCAAUCAAACAGGCCACUUCUGUGGAGACCCUGGACGAUGUGCUUCUCAGGGACCCACCUCGCUGCUCAGCCUUGUCUUUGUUCAGCUGGUCUCUUCUCAGAGAAGCAGCGGCCGGUUCAAUGGACUCAGGUCAGACCAAGGAGGAUCUGAAAAAAUCAGCUAGGAGGAUCUUCCUGGAGAGACUGCAGCAUAAGACAGAGAGCACCGAGCGCGCUGUACAUCACUUGCACCGCAGAAUGCUGGACCUGCGGGAAGAGCUGAGAGAAUAUGAAGAAACCUUCAGAACAGAAGUGGAUGGCUGCAUAAGGUACAUUGACACUCUCCCAUCUGAGGAUUUCCAGGGCUUGGUUAAUCCUCAGGAGAUCCCGAAUGCCAUGGAGAAGUACCUGUUCACCAAGUUCUGGGAGAGAUGGCAGCAUGGCAGAAGGAAGCCGGCCAAUAUACCCUACAAGGAGCUGACCAAACCCGAGGAAGUGAUUAACGCUGCGGUUCAGCUGCUUUCGAACCCACCACUCCAUCCACCUACUGACGAUGCCAACAUCUGAUGUCAUUUCUGAUACCUGAACUAUCAAGACGAGUGUUAGGCAGAAAUUGAUGAGAUCCCAUUCCUCCCUGGUCUGACUGAGUGGCUUUGCUGCAAGGAUUCCAUGACAGAGGCGUGGGAGGCCAUUCGGGCGCCCUGUUCACCUCGCGUGGUUGGGUCUCUCUGGAGUUCCGCACAGCCUUCUUCAGUCCCGACUAACCUAAGUCAUUUUGCAUCAGCUGCAGACUUUAUCACCUCAUUGCUCAGCCCCCCUUCCAGAUAUUCAUAGAUAUGAAGACCAGAAGGGACCAUUAUGAUCAUCUGAUCUGCCGUCCUGCAUAACACGGGCUUGGAUCCUCACCCAAUAGUUUCUGCAGCAAGACCACAUCACUUCCGCUUGAGCUGCGGCAUAUAUCUUACCAAGACAUCCCGUCUUGAUUUAAAGACUUGACAUGAUGGAGAAUCCAUCACAACCCUUUGUAAGUCGUACCAGUAGUUGCCCUCACUGUUAAAAACUUGCGCCUUAUUUCUAGUGGUAAAGGAGCUGCAGGGUGUGCCAUCAUUAACCUUUUGCCAUGCUGAGCAUGGAUCACUUCUUCCUGCUCUUUGUUCUCUGCCUUUUGCCCACUUUCAUAGAAUCAUUCUAAUCCCUGACUGUGCAUUUGCCCCUCUCUCUCCAUGACUACAGAGGGCUUGUCUGGGAAAUUGACUAGCAUAGGUAUAGCAGAAUAAGGGCUUGUCUGCACUACCGCGCGGGGUCGAUCUAAGAUACGCAACUUCAGCUACGUGAAUAGCGUCGCUGAAGUCGACAUAUUUAGAUCUACUUACCGCGGUGUCUUCACUGAGGUAAGUCGACAGCUGACGCUCUCCCGUCGACUCUGCUUUCGCCUCUCGCCCUGGUGGAGUACCGGAAUCGACGGGAGAGCGUUCGGCGGUCGAUUUAUCGCGUCUAGACUAGAGAUGCGAUACAUCGACCCCCGCUGGAUCGAUCGCUGUCCGCCGAUUCGGUGGGUAGUGUAGACAAGCCCUAAAGUGACAAUACUGAGCAAAACUUAUUCUGAUAUAACUAUACUGGUUGUUUUCCCUAUGUAGACAAGUUUCCUGAAUAGGGGUGUUGAAGGAGAGGACUGAGGUGCUUUAGCAGGGCUCUGGAGUCUUUGCAUAAUGUCCAUUAUUCGCUAUUUUCUUAAAUGCAAGAAUUAAUUUCACUUCAAGGAGAAAAUUCACAUGAUCGUUUUUUUUUUAAAGAUAAUGAAUAAUAUGGAACAUGAAUGUCUAGAACUGUUUGUUUGUAAUGCCUCUCGAAAAGGGCUCUGUGUGGGGUUCAUCAGGUUUGGUAAACACAGAUGCUGCCUACCAGCCUGUGGGAAUUGAGAACUAAUCCUUCUCUCUGCACCAGAAGUGGGAUCUGCUGACCAGUGGCCACGCUCCGUUUCACCCUGGAGAUCAAAUGCUCUUUGCCAAGGGAGGCAGUUCUUGCGUGAAAUUAAAUAAGUGUGUACAUAGCCCCUAGUUUUAAAUCAUAUUUCCAAUAAAUUAAAAAAGCAAAACUCUGUAACCAGCUUAAAGGGACCAUUGGUGUGGUUGGUGCCAAUUAGAUCUUUCCUUCUGUUCCUUAUAUUUGUUUGUAGAAUCUGUAAUUCUUUAGGGGAAUGUAUUUUCUCUUCUCUCUCUAACCAAGUGAGAUGUACUGUUAAUAAUAAUAAUAAUAAUGUGCACAUUCAUGGUACUUUUCAUCCAUAGACCUAGGAAGUUAAGUAUCAUUAUCCCUGUUUACAUAUGGGGACACUGAGGGGCAGAGAGGUUAUGUGACUUGGCCAAGCUCACAUGGGGGGUCAGUGCCAAAGAUCUGCUGUUUCCCAGUCCCUUACCCCAUUUCCUGGACUGUACGCCUAUAGCAGCAUGCACUGUAGAGACCAAUCCUGCACUGGCCAGGAGAUGGACUCGACCAACAGCAAAAGACUCUGGUUAUGGGGCUCCAGUAGGUGCCUGAAAACUGAAGAAAGGAG